AUGAAGUGCUCACUCUUUGGAAAUAUCCUCCUCACGCUGCUAGCAGCAUCAUCCCUAGCGCUACCACUAGACGAUGGUCAGCCAGAAAGCACGACGUCCGCGUCGGAAGAGCUCCUCGCGGUAUCACCGCUACCCAGGCUGGCCAUCUACUUCCAGACGACGCACUCGUCGUCGACAGGGCGGCCAAUCUCCAUGCUGCCGCUCAUCACGGAGAAGGGCAUCGCGCUGACGCACAUCUACGUCUGCACGCUGCACGUCAACUACGAGGGCGAGAUCCACCUCAACGACUUCCCGCCGGGCAACGCGCGCUUCGCGACGCUCUGGCGCGAGGCCGAGGUGCUGCGCAACUCGGGCGUGCGCGUCAUGGCCAUGGUGGGCGGGGCGGCCGAGGGCUCCUUCUCGAACCGCACGCUGGACGCGCCCGACGGCGACGCCAACUUUGAAAAGUACUACGGGCAGCUCCGGGACGUGCUGCGCGACUUCAAGCUGCAGGGGCUGGACAUCGACGUGGAGCAGCCCAUGUCGCUGCGGGGCGCGAUGCGGCUCGUCCGGCGCCUCCGGCAGGACUUUGGGCCCGACUUCACCAUCACGCAGGCGCCGGUGGCGACGGCGCUCGACCGGCGCGGCACGCCCAACCUCUCGGGAUUCUCGUACCGGGACCUGGACGCGGCGGUGGGCGGGAACAUCGAGUUUUACAACGCGCAGUUCUACAACGGCUUCGGCGACAUGUCGACGACGGCGGCGUACGACUCGGUCGUGGCGGCCGGCUGGGAUCCCAAGAGGAUCGUGGCCGGCCAGAUCACGACGCCGGCCAACGGCCAGCAGUUUGUGCCGUUCGACAAGCUCAAGCAGACCAUGCAGGACCUGCGCGCCAAGUACGGCGAGAUCGGCGGCAUCAUGGGCUGGGAGUACUUCAACGGCAAGCCGGGCGGCGAGGCCCAGCCGUGGGAGUGGGCGCAGCAGAUCACCGCCAUUUUGCGACCCGACAUGCCCACCAUGCUGACCGUCAGCCAGGCCGAUGCGGACGCCCUGGAUGAGGCCUGGGCCGUCAGCGUCGCCGCCCAGCCGAGCAUGGAGCUCGUGCCCGCUGGGUUCGACCCCGAGACGCCCGAUGUUGAUUAUCAGGCGUUGGUGAAUGCUUGA